CCGCUUGCCGUUCUCCCUCGGAGAAGGUGAGUGUGUUCUAGGCCGGCGCUGCCGGGCUUCAUCCGCAGCCAUCGGCGUAGGACUGCUGUCGCCGCGGCCCCGGAGGCACCUCGGACCCCAGCCGUAGACGGCGUCGGGCCGUGGCCCGGGCUCUCGGGCCGGAGGCCGCCGCUUCGACCGAAUCCAGGGCCCUCACCCACCUCCCGUUCCCCACGUCCCCAGACUCGUAGGCAGUAGCCAUGGCGCCCAGCCGCAAUGGCAUGAUCCUGAAGCCGCACUUCCACAAGGACUGGCAGCGGCGCGUGGCCACGUGGUUCAACCAGCCCGCGCGGAAGAUCCGCAGACGCAAGGCCCGGCAAGCCAAGGCCCGCCGCCUCGCCCCGCGCCCCGCGUCGGGACCCGUGCGGCCCAUCGUGAGGUGCCCCACCGUGCGCUACCACACCAGAGUGCGCGCCGGCAGGGGCUUCAGCUUGGAGGAGCUGAGGGUGGCGGGCAUCCACAAGAAGGUGGCGAGGACCAUCGGGAUCUCCGUGGAUCCGAGGCGGCGGAACAAGUCCACCGAGUCCCUGCAGGCCAACGUCCAGCGGCUGAAGGAGUACCGCUCCAAGCUCAUCCUCUUCCCCAGGAAGCCCUCGGCCCCCAGGAAGGGAGACAGCUCUGCUGAAGAACUCAAGUUGGCCACCCAGCUGACAGGACCAGUCAUGCCCAUACGGAACGUGUACAAGAAGGAGAAAGCCAGGGUCAUCACAGAAGAGGAGAAGAACUUCAAGGCCUUCGCCAGCCUUCGCAUGGCCCGUGCCAACGCCCGGCUCUUUGGCAUCCGGGCAAAAAGGGCUAAGGAAGCUGCAGAGCAGGAUGUCGAAAAGAAAAAAUAAAGGGCUGCUGAGAGCUUGUGAUAAA